AUAAUAUUAAAUCUUUUCUAGAGAUAAAUUUUGUUUUGAAUAUAAAUUAUGACUGAAAAUAAUUUACACCAAGUGCAAAAUGCACAAAAGCCGGCACAAAAUCUUUUGUAUUUAAUUAAGAAACUAAUUCAAGAAGAACAGUACGAAGGAUUAAGAUUAUUAUUCACAAGUGAGACUGAAGCACAACGUAAUAUUGAGUAUAUCGAAGAAAUUUCCUCGGAAGUGUACCAUGACAUUUGCUUGGCGAAUCUGAACGACAGUAAUUACAACAACAACCUGCCACUCUAUAUCUGCGCUGAGGAGAUACUUAAAAUAUUGGUGACAUAUGCAACAGUUGAUGAAUUAAUACUAGAGUUAUUGGAUGUUAUAGAGGAACAAAGCUCAGAUAAUGUAUUUACCACUGCCCUGCGUGCCUUACAAAUAGCGCUGCUACGUUUAGGUGAGAAGAAACCACGAGUUUUGCAAUGGAGCUACAAUUCAGUGUUAGUACAUCUCAAUAAGCUGCCUUUGCCAACAUAUUUAAGUACUGGCUAUGAUAAGGAAGAAUGUGCACUAUUAGAACAAAAUGCACAGAUUGAAAAGCUACUUAUGUCAUAUGUCACUAUUGGCUUGUUUUAUGAUGAACUCGUAAGAGACGCUACCACUACCCUGCAACUUACUAAAACCGGCUUCCGCGAUUGUGGUAUAAACAGACGAAAUGUUAUGUGCUGCUUUUUAUUAAAGCUACUCGAUAAACCUUUGGCACUUCUGGAUUUAAGUGCUGAUGAAAAUAAAACAAACACAUACACAAUGCAAGUAGCGACAAGUCUUACAAACGCCAUCACCGCAUGCAUUGUGGAUCCAUUCUACUUUUUUAGGUUUUUGGAAAUUCGUGAAGUCUUAAAAAGUAAUGAUGUUAAUUGUGAAAAUAUCUUUAUAAUGGAAGAAACUCUACCAAGCGUAGCGUUGGGUAUAUAUUACUACAUGUUAUUAGUACGAAAGGUUGGCACAGAGCACGUACCAAAAGUAUACACUCCAUUAUAUGUGUUCAAGUCCUUACUUAUAUUAGCAACUAUACUUGCUUAUGAAGAUGAACCUGCUCUGCAAUUCCAAAGCUUAUUACUGAAUAAAUAUGCACUGCAACAAUUGCAAAAUAUAGAAAUUCCAUUUGAUGUGCUACAACUGAACGAUUUUCAAAAAAUGAUGGAAAGAUUAUGUGAAUUUUGUGCCUCAUGUCCGCACAAAGAUAUCCGUCAUCUUGGGCCAGUUGUUCUAAACCAUUAUAUCCUACAAUUAGAUGAAAAAGCUCAAAUGGCUUUGAUGCAUCAUUUGCUGGAGAAAGUGGGUUAUGAUAGUUUAAAAGGCUUUAUAAUAAUGAAAUUCAAGGAUGCUUGCGAUGUAAAAUUAUUCAAUACUAAUGAUGUGCGUAUAGAAUUCGUUAAUCAGUUCCUAAAUAAUAUAGUAGCUAAGAAAUUAUGUGUACUGCACCAUGGUGUACAAUCGGAUCUUCUAAAUAUGUCUGAAGUUCUUAUCUCAACAUUAAAUGUUCUAAUAUAUUUUGCAAGUCACAAUCUUGUCCAGCAUACCGAAUUUAUAAACUUGUAUCCACAAAUUGAAACAAAUUUCGUGGAACCAUUACGAGAUGCUGUGAAUUUAUCGGAAGCACACUAUAAGGCAAGAAUUGAUCAAUGUGAAAAAGGCUUAGAUGCCAAGGAUGAUGCCAAGCUACUUCAACAGGUACAAAUGAUGGAUAUUAAGAUUACUAAUGAUACUGUUGGUACUGAAGAUAAUGAAGAUUCCAAUGUCGUAUUUAGCAAGGAGAAAAAACUUCAAGUAUUUAACGACAACAUACAAAAACUCAAUAUAAUUUUACAUCUGCUUAGUACCUUAGGAAUGUUUAUGGAAGUAACCAUGAAAAAGAAAAUUGUCCCUUAUGUUAAAUAAUUACACUCUAUAACUAAAUAAUUAAUUCUAAUUGUAACAUUAUUUAUCAUAUGCCGUGCUUUAUUGAGUAAAC